GUCAAUUGUCAAUUGUCAUUCACAUGUGUUUAUUUUUGUAAUCGCACGUCGUACAGUUUUAAAUUAAAUUUAUAUUUCAAUAUAUUUUUUAAAGCAAACAUAAAUUGAAAUGUCUAGGAGACCUGAACAUCAAGCUCCCCCAGAAUUGUUUUAUAACGAAGAUGAAGCACGAAAAUAUACACAAAAUUCUAGAAUCAUAGACAUUCAAGCACAAAUGACGGAAAGGUGUAUUGAAUUACUAUUAUUACCGGAAGAUUCCCCAUGUUUGCUCUUAGACAUUGGCUGUGGUUCUGGACUUUCAGGGUCUGUUCUGGAAGAAAAUGGCCAUAUGUGGAUUGGCAUUGAUAUCUCCGAAGCUAUGUUAGAUGUAGCUUUAGAAAGGGAAAUAGAAGGAGAUGUAGUCCUAUCUGAUAUGGGCCAAGGAGUACCAUUUAGACCUGGCAGUUUUGAUGGCGCUGUCUCGGUAUCUGCGCUGCAGUGGUUAUUUAAUGCUGAUAAAAAAUCACAUCACCCAAUCAAAAGAUUGUAUACAUUUUUCAGUAGCUUAUAUGCAUCACUGUCUAGGUCAGCUAGAGCAGUAUUUCAGUUCUACCCAGAAAAUGAGAGCCAACUAGAAUUAUUGACAUCACAAGCAAUGAAAGCUGGUUUCUACGGAGGUGUUGUUAUAGAUUUUCCCAAUUCAGCCAAAGCAAAGAAAUUUUUCCUAGUGCUAAUGACUGGUGGGGCUGCACCUCUACCUAAAGCUCUAGGUACAGAUGAAGGGGAUGACAAUAAUCUUGAAAUAAAAUAUGCAAAGCGAGAAGCCUCUAAGAAAGCUCGCGGAAAGCCAUUAAAGAAUACAAGAGCCUGGCUCUUAGAGAAGAAAGAAAGAAGAAGAAAACAAGGCAAAGAUACCAGACCAGAUACAAAAUAUACUGGAAGAAAAAGAAGUGGCAGAUUUUAAAUAUCCUAUAUUUAUCUAGUUAUAAGAGUAUAUAAUAUAAAGUUAUCAAAG